GGCAUGUUCGUGGUGCGGUGAUUAGUUUGUUGGGCUGCCUGUGCGAGUUCAUCCUUGUGUGUACGGUUGUCAAUGAAUGGAAUGCGACAAUGCGACCAUGUGUCCUUAGCAGAUUCUGUGCUCAAUCAUGGUGUACCAAGAAUCGCUGAUACAUGGCUGCGUGAUUAAGGUCUGUCCCGGAACAGUGGCAUCCCCACCAAACUGGUGGCAGCAACUGUCACCUACUUCACACCCUCGCUCAAGCUCCACGUGACACAGGAGCAUUGAAGCAUUCCAGCUGUCCAGCAAAUGCAGAUGGUGCAGUUACAUGAAGGAUACUGCCACUGCUAACUCCUGUGUCUAUGAGAUGGAUAAACUGUAAUCUGAAGUGCCCACCAGGAUCCUUGCAAGCCAGUGUGUGUUUGAAUUCCAUUUGUGCCCUCGGAGCUUGCAAACGUUCAAGCUGAAGCAACACCUGCACAUUCACACAGCCAAAAGGCUAUUUCAGUGGCCUUCAUGCUCUCAGAGCUUCUCGCAAAAAGUUAUUCUAAAGCAACACCUGUGCAUCCAUAGGGGUGAGAUGCUAUUUCAUUGUCAUUUGUGCCCUCAGAGCUUCUCACAAAAGAGUAAUCUGAAUCGGCACCUGCGCACCCAUACAGGCGAGAGGCCAUUUCAGUGCCCUUCGUGCCCUCAUAGCUUCUCACAAAAGGGUGAUCUGAACCAGCACCUGCGCACCCACACAGGCGAGAAGCCAUUUCAGUGUCCUGCAUGCCCUCAAAGCUUCUCACGAAAGAGUACUUUGAACCAGCACCUGCGCACCCACACAGGCGAGAGGCCAUUUCAGUGCCCUUUGUGCCCUCAAAGCUUCCUACAGAAGAGUCAUCUGAACCAGCACCUGCACACCCACACAGGUGAGAAGCCAUUUCAAUGCCCUUCGUGCCCUUGGAGCUUCUCUCAAAAGAGUACUCUGAACCGGCACCUGCACACCCACACAGGCGAGAAGCCAUUUCAGUGCCCUGCGUGCCCUCAAAGCUUCUCACUAAAGGGUACUAUGAACCAGCACCUGUGCACCCACAAAGGUGAGAGGUCAUUUCAGUGCCCUUUGUGCCCUCAGAGCUUCUCACAAAAGGAUCAACUGAACCAGCACCUGCACACCCACACAAGCGAGAAGCCAUUUCAGUGUCCUGCGUGCCCUCAAAGCUUCUCACUAAAGGGUACUCUAAACCAGCACCUGCGCACCCACACAGGCGAGAGGCCAUUUCAAUGCCCUUCGUGCCCUCAGAGCUUCUCACGGAAGAGUCAUCUGAACCAGCACCUGUGCACUCACACAGGUGAGAAGUCAUUUCAAUGUCAUUCGUGCCCUCAGAGCUUCUCACAGAAGAGUUCUCUGAACCAACACCUGCACACCCACACAGGUGAGAAGCCAUUUCAGUGCCCUUCGUGCCCUCAGAGCUUCUCACAUAAGAGUACUUUGAACCGGCACCUGCACACCCACACAGGCGAGAAGCCAUUUCAGUGCCCUGCGUGCCCUCAAAGCUUCUCACUAAAGAGUACUCUGAACCAGCACCUGCACACCCACACAGGCGAGAGGCCAUUUCAGUGCCCUUUAUGCCCUCAAAGCUUCUCACAAAAGAGUAAUCUGAACCGGCACCUGUGCACCCAUAAAGGCGAGAAGCCAUUUCGUUGCCCUUCGUGCCCUCGGAGAUCAUCACAAAGGAGUAAUCUGAACCGGCACCUGCGCACUUGCACAGGUGAGAGGCCACUCCAGUGCCUUGCAUGCCCUCUGAGCUUCUCACAGAAGAAUGCUCUGAACCAACAUCUGCGCACCCACGCAGGAGAGAAGCCAUUUCAGUGCCCUUUAUGCCCUCAAAGCUUCUCACAAAAGUCGACAUGGAAGGUACACCUGCACUUCCACUGAUGUGAGAGACUGUUUCAGAGCCGUUCAUGUCCUGAGAGCUUCUUGUGGAAGUCUGCAUUAAACCAACAGCCACGCAACACACAGGCGGGUGGCCAUUUCAGUGCCCUGCAUGCCCUCAGCAAUCCUCAGAAGUCCUGACUGAAGGAUCAUGUGUGCAUCCAGUCAGCGAGGCCGUGCCAGUGCUCUUCAUGUACUCGGAGGCACUCAUGGAUGUUCGCACUGAACUUCCACUAAUGUGAGAAGCUGUUUCAGGGCCCUUCAUGUCCUGAGAACUUGUCGUGGAAGUCCGCACUCAACCGACACCCGCUCUCUACACAAAAUCCUAGUGAAGGAUCACCUGUGUAUCCACUCAGGGAGACGCUAUUUCAGGGCUCUUCAUGUCCUAAGAGUUACUUGUGGAAGUUCACACUGAUUUUACACAUGCACGACCCACAUAAGCGAGAAGCCAUUUCAGUGCCAGUUAUUCAGUCAAACCUUCGCACAUAAAAGCCACCUCAAUAGACACCUUGCCACCACAAGUGCACCAGACACAUGCGGUGCAGCAGCGCUGAGUUGUGCACACCUCAUUGUACCUUUUUGCUUUUCAUAUUUUCCUCAGUUUUUUCAUGGAAGCUCAGUGCAUGUGUACGCCUGUCGUUUUAUACUAGUAUGAAUCGUAGGUCUUCAUUUUUCAUUAUUAUGAUGUUUAAGCUCUGUCUUGAAGAUAAGCACUUCUUUCCGCAUUAAAGUGUUUAACUGCUCAUUACUAAAUGAGUUCGUUUCAGCACACUAAAUAAAAUUUGGGAUUGGGUUUUGUUAAUUAUUGAUAUUUCAAUACUUGUACUAAUAGCAUGUAAUGUUUCAAUUCAUUUGCAUUUAUUGUGCUGAACACUUCAAGACAAUUUGAGUGGCUAUUUACUGAUGCUGUGUAAUGCAGUUAAAACAACCUUUUCUCAGGAAUUGAAAUUGUGCAAUUGUGUGCUUUUUUGAUUCCUACUAGAUUCAAUUGGUUUCAGUGAUACUAAAUGCACUGGUACGAAAUUUUUUGCUCGUAGAUCUGUCCAGACCUUUAGGAACCUUUAAAAUUGCUUCAUAAUAAAACAUUGUUCUCAUGGA